AAUACAUUAAUUACCCUAAUUUUUGUCAUAUGGUCUUGUCGUUACUGGGGAAUAUUGACCUUAAGAGUGUUUCAUGGCAAGAUUGUCAAAACAUCUUGAUCAAGUUGCUUGAAAUUAUUAAUUAUUUUUCUUUCUUUUGGCAGUGUAUCAGUUUAGGCCAAAGAGUAAUUUGUUCUAAAUUUCUACCCACAGAUGUAGUCAAGAAUCCGGAUACUUACUGUCAUCAGCACCAGGAAAUACAAUUGCUUCCCUCUCUGUCAAAAUAAUUGCAACAAGUUGUGAGUGUUUGUAUAGUGUUUUGGAAUCACACUUUCAUGAUCUGUGGUAUUUAUUUCUUGGUACAUGCAGGGUGUCAUGUGUGGGAGUAUGGCGGCAAGGGAAUUGACACCGGGGUGUAACUCAGACCACAGGUUGUGGAAAUGAGUAGAGAUUUUUCAAGGGGAGCAUCGAUGACUCACGCAUUGACUUUUAGGUCUUUCUGGACAUGACGUUCGGUGCUGGAGGCCACACCCUGGCCAUUUUGGAUGCCGUACCUGAUGUGACUGUUUACGCCCUGGAUCGCGAUCCCCUGGCCUUUGAAAUGGCCCGACGGCUGUCAGCAGAACAUCAGGGCCGGGUGUUCCCAGUCCUGGGGUGCUUCAGUGAAGUGAGCAACCUGCUUCGGCAGCAUGGGGUGCAGCCCGGAGGACUGGAUGCUGUGCUCCUGGAUGCUGGCUGCUCCUCUAUGCAGCUCGACAGCCCGGAGAGGGGCUUUUCCCUCAGCAAGGAUGGGCCGCUGGAUAUGCGGAUGGAUGGAGGCAGGUGCCCCGCCGUGGCCAGUGCGGCUGACGUGGUGAAUGCCUUAGACCGUCAGGCUCUCGUCUCCAUCCUGAGCACCUACGGAGAGGAGAGGUACGCCAAGAAAAUAGCAUCGGCGAUCGUGGCAGCUCGUGACAUCUACCCCAUCACCAGAACGCAGCAGCUGGGCGCUGUCAUUGCAGGGGACAAGAUUAUGGCUUUCCACUGUGCAGGAGCGUUUUCACCCUCCACCCUGUAUGCCCGGAAAGACCUCCUGCAGCGGCCCGCUCAUGUGGCCACCAAGAGCUUCCAGGCACUGCGCAUCUUUGUCAAUGACGAGCUACACGAGCUGCAUGCGGCGCUGCAGGCGGCGGAGGUGUUCCUGCGGCCCGGCGGCCGGCUCUGCGUGCUCACGUUCCACUCACUGGAGGACCGUGUGGCGAAGCGCUUCCUUCACGGCCUCGACGUGGCCGCCCCGCCCCGCCGUAACCCCCGCCGACCAGCCCGGGAGGAAGAGGGCGAGGAUGAGAGGCCGAGCACUGGGGAUGCUCGCUGGGCUAAUGUGCAAAAGAAGGUGAUCAUGCCCCAGCAGGAUGAGGUACGCGAGAACCCCAGGGGACGUUCAGCAAAACUCAGGGCAGCUGUGAAGCUCUAGGUCUGAGAACGUCCUGUUUCUGUGGAUUUCUCAGUGGGAAUCCCAUUCAGUGUUUUUAACGCACCUGGCUGGGAACUUGGUUUGUGCCUGUCAGCAUUUGGAAGCCUAUUUAUGUUUGCUGAAAGGCAGCUGCUGGCUCUCUGCUGAUGGCCUUAUCGUGCGGCUGCCCUCACCAUUAGUCUAUUUCAGUGUUUUCCAACCUGGUCCUCGGGGACCCACAGACGGUCCAGGUUUUUCCUCCCUCUGAGCUCCCUGCCAGACGCAAAACGUGGACUGUCUGUUGGUCCCAGAGGACUGGAUUGGGAAACACCAGUCUAUUUAAUCCAGUGCCAUUGUGUUCUUGUUGUAAAAACCCUCUCUUGAUAAGAAAGGAUAAAGUGUUUCCAUUUUCUUUUUCAAAAAGCAAAGGAGACAGGGUUUCCCAGUAACUUACGGUCAGGCGAGGGUGAGGGGUGCCAUGUCUUCUGAACGGAGACUGUCAGAUAUUCACCACAUAAUUUGGUUUGUAAAAGCUGCUGAUAGUCGUGAUAAAAGCAUUUAUACUGUACACUCAGACAAGGAUGUAUGCAUAUGUACUAAUAAAUACCUUUAAGUGUAUUUCACAUAUCAACAGAAACAUUUUCAGUAUAACAGAUUUUUUAUAUUUGUCAUUCGUAAGAAAUAAAUUGGUAUUUUGAAAUGG